AAACAAAACAUCAUCUACAUACUUUUUAUAAUUAAUUGAAUUAUUUUUUUAAGUACAAUUUUAUAAUACAUGUAUAAAUGUAUGAUACAUAUUCAGAUAAAACCCACGUUAGAACAUAUAGAUGACAAUACGAUAAAUGUAGAUGAUUGCUCUAUGAACGAGCAUGUUUUUGAGACAAUUUCAAAUGUGGAAACUAGAUUAAAAUUCAGUCCAAAUAUUAUCGAAUUUAGGGUUUUGAGAAGGUAUUCAAACGACAUGAUGGAAGUUAGUAUUUUGGAACAACAGAUAAAAGUUACUAAUCGUAGUAAAACCACCGUAUUGUGUCUCUAUAGCCAUUUGUUUGAUCCAAACUCGGUACUUCGAGAUAAUAUGAAUAUCAUAAAAGUAAUACCAGUCACUUGGUGUCGUGUGCAGCCUGCUACAACGAUCGUUUACUCGGUAAUAUUUAAACCGACGGUAUUGCCCGAUUUCAAAACCUAUCUGAGUUUAUAUGGAAUAAAGCUAGUGUUUGAAACUGUGACAAAUAAUCAACCGGAUUUAAAAUACGUGUUGAAUAUUCCAGUAAAGUUUUGCAUGAUUAAACCGGAACCGGAAUUGGUUACCAAAACGAUAACAUUUCCGGUUACACGCAACUCAAAUGAAAAUUGUAACUCUAAACAAUAUUUAAUCAUGAAAAAUAACGGUUAUGCCGAUUGUGUUUUUAGCGUACUUACGGAGACGGAGUAUCUGAAAAAACAAAACUCCAGUUACUCAUCAAGUUAUGACUUAAAUGAAACGGAAACGGACGAUGACGGCAUAAAACCCGGUCUUAUUAUCGAUUAUAUUAUACAUAAGAUGUUCAGUUACUUUAUGUGGAGACAUCAUAUUAACGUGUUAUUACCAGCGAAAAAAUCCGUAAAAGUUCCGGUUAUAUUUAACCAACAUUUGGCCCAUUCGUCGAUCACCGAAUGUUAUAUAAUAGAAUUUGAUAACUCAGAAUAUUCGAUUCCAAAUCAGAAGGUAAAUGUUAUCGGACGGGUCAUCGAUCAUCAAAUCGUCGUAGAUCCCAGCGUGAUCGAUGCCGGGCUGUGCUACUUAACAAGUUCCACGAAGAUGGUCAGCUUUCAAUUGCACAACACCAGCAGGGUAGUAGUGCCGUACGAAAUUAGACUACCACGGGAAGUGUUCAAACACGCGGAGCUCAGUCAUUCGAAAGGAUACCUCAGAGCUGGGUCUUCGCUGGAAAUUUUCAUUCGGCUGCGUUUUAAGUACGAAAUCUUGCUUCCAAACGAAUGCAAAUUAUAUUUUGACGCAAAAAGCGGUGUUCUAAAUUUCCCGGUUCGAGUUUAUCCGUCAAACAGUAAAAAAUGUCAGGAGGUACGCGUCUUGGCGGUGGUGACCACGCCAUUCGGCCUGAAACUAACACCCGACACGUUGGAUUUCGGUACGGUCAACACGACGGAAACCGUCGUUCGGAGUGUCAUGUUGACCAACCAUUCUAGGACCAAGAUGGAUUACGGAUUCUUGAAACUACCAGAAAGAGUUUCAGUACAUCCGAAUGCAUUUGGUACUAUAUUUUCCGGCGAGAAAAUUUGUCUACACUUGCAUUAUAGCCCCAGUGCCAGCGACUUACCACAAAACGUCCAUGCGUACAACGAUGAUUUCGUAUUGACAUGCAAUACAGUUACCGGUGUAAAUGCAGAAAUAUGUCCUUUUCAAAACGAUGAAAUCGCACAAAUCGAUGAAACAGUUAAUGAAACAGUAGAUGAACAAAUAUCAAAUACAGUUAUUAUAGAUCAAAAGCCAGCAGUCAGCGAAAACCAAAUAAAAGAAUUAAAUCACGGAGCAGAUAAGAUUCACUUUUCUGCAAUAUUAAAAGACGAAGUUGAAGUAUAUUUAUUCGACGACAGAAAUGCUAUCCUUAAAGAGGCUACUUUAAGAUGCCAUGCAAAAAUUCAUGAUAUACCUGUAGAACUUUCCGUCCAAAAAAUUAUAUUUGGAAAAACUCAUUUCAUGUCUUAUUCGGUAUUCAAAAUUGAUUUGAGAGCAUCGAAUUUGACAUCUAUAACCGAGCGCAACAUAAAUUCAUUACCGGAUUUCAAAAUUAGAUUUGAGUUUAUCUCCAAUGAUUCUACGGUAGAAUUUAAGCCAAGGAACGGAAUACUACAUUCAAAUGAAGUGAUUACUAUUAAUGUGUUAUUUCGACCAAAACUUGAUGAUGAGGUCCAAAGUGUUUAUGAAGAAUGUCUCAAUUCUGAAGUAAUAAAAUUCAAGGUCGAUCAAAUUUUAAGGGAUACAAAUUCUUUCAUAAAUAAAGUUUACUCGAAUAAACCAUUUUUUCAUAAGCAAAUAAAAGUAUUCGAAACCAACAAAACAUUUUAUUCUUUGAUGUUUGAUACAAUGAAAAUCAUUUCUGCUGCGUGUUUUAUACAAUUCACUAAUCAAAAAUCAAAAGAAUAUUUUGGAUUCUGCACGGAAUCGUUGAAGCUGAGUCUCAUGUGUCCGACAACAAAACCGAACAUAAUCUUGUUUAGCGAUCGAAUAGAAUUUGGCAAACGGACCAUGGACGUUCGUCACGACGAAUGGCUGUUUGUAUGUAACCCAACAACACGUCCGGUACCGUUGAAAGUUUCGCUGCCAAACCCUGUCGGACCUUUUUUCUGCGCAUUUGCUCUGAACGGUGAACAGUUAUUAUAUCCCAACCGCACGUUGCCGAUCAACAUUUCAUUCAUACCCGAACACGAGGCGACGGUAAAUGAAAUGUUAGAGUUGAGUUCUGAAGCGAUGCGGCUACAUGUCAUGGUAUCCGGUAGUGGUCUCGGACCGUCGUGUACAAUCACGCCCGAUGACAUGUUCAACGUCAUACAAACUACGCACAAACAAGCGAAAAAAGCGCUUAUUUUCCGAGUGACGAACACCAGUGGGGCGAACGUACGAUUCAACGUGCAAAUGGAAUGGACGAGGGAGCGGUUGGAGCCGAUGACCAAUGACGAGACAUACGAGUUUGUCGAAAAGCUCCGUGUAGCGGAGCUGGCAGACCCGAAGCGGCGUGUGGCGAUGGAAUCGCAGUUCGAAGGAAAUUCAUGGACCGUAGAAUCUGUUAAAGAAAGUGCGUUUGACCUAGGAAACGGUGGUAGGCCACUGUGGUUUCAUUUAGACCCGAAAGGGUCACGUUACAUUCAGGUGACUUUAACGCUUCCUCGGCUCAACCGACAACCAGACGAAGACGGCGACGGCGACAGUGACGAUGAAGAGUCGUUAGAGUCACCUUUCGGGAGCACCGAAGAGAUUUUAAGAUCUCCUGACGGAGCGGAGGAGGAAGCGUUAAAAUCACCUGACUACGGUUUUGGGACGGAGUCAGCCGAACUGGGUCGAACGGCCACCGCCUUGAUUGUUUCCAAGCGUCGCGUCCACGCAGCAAAGUUCAACGUGCACGUAGGACAUUCGGUGCUCCGACAGUUCUACGUGUUUGGUUUUGUAGACGUGGAUGAAACUGACUCUUAGAGUUUAUCGUGAUUAUUAUUACUGUUUUUAUUAGUGUCGUACAAUAUUAUAAUAAUAUUCAUAUUACGCAUUUACGCGGUGUAUUGUUUAUCGAAUGUAUUAUUAUAAAUUGUUAUUGAGUGAAGUGAUAUAGCCUAAUAACCCAAGUAUAGGAAUUGAUUAAAACACUGAUAAAAACUUAUCCUGCAGGUUAAAACGUCAUAUUUUAAUUUAUAAUUUUAUAAAUAUUAUUCAGCGUUCGUAAAUUAUAAUUUUUAAUUUAGUUAACUUCAUUAUUUUUUAAAUUUAUUAUAACUAAUAGAAAAAAUUAAAAAAUAUGUAAGUACAUAAAUAAAAAUUAGCUAAAUUGAGCUUAUUAAUUCGUAUUAAUAUCCAGCUUUACAGUGGUUUAGAUUAAAAACAUUUAAAUAAAAUCUCCAUUCGGCAUACACAAUAUGCCUUCAAUAAUAUUUGUAUACCUAAUUAAUUUAUGGGAUUUGGUUAAAUUUCGUCUAACAGGGUCAUCAUUAUAAUGAUAAAUAAAAUUCGUAGCACGUGAUGUAAAUACGUGUUAAUGACAUGCUAGAUAUUUACUAAAAAAAUAAAUGUUUAAAUAUUUACCAAUGGUGGUGAGGGGAGGGAGACACAUAAAUUAAUAUGUUCCAAUUUCCCAUCAUUAUUAUAAACAACUUUUUUGUUAUUAGUAAUCGUAAUAGAUUAUGUACCAAGUUACACUAUUAUACACAUAUACUCAUGUAGUAAUGUAUAAUAUUAUACUAAAACGUU